GAGGCUUUUGCAAUAUUUCGUAUAUUUUUAUCAUUUACCAGCUGUGAAUUUUACAUAGAUUAGGAAAUAUAUUAGCAUUAAACCUCAGAAUGCCUAAAGAUAGAGUUGUUAGAACGACUACUCGUCAAAAACCUGGAUUUCUUGAAAAACUCGGAAGCAAUUUUGCGGGAAGUUUUGCAGGAUUUGCACUGUUUCUUCUCUCAUUCUACGUUUUGUAUUCAAACGAGAGUCGAUCAGUAGAGACUGUAGCUGUACUUGAAGAAGUAUUAGAUCUGGCAACACCAAUUCACAGUGCUCAAGACAUCGGUAGAACCGAUGGUCAACUGGUUCAUGUUUCUGGUCCUUUAGAUGCCAGGCUUCUUGGAGAUCCAAAAUAUCCAGUAGCAUUACCCUGCGUUAAGUUGUCACGUCAUGUUGAAAUGUUUCAAUGGGUUGAACAUUCUGAAGUGAAGGAGUAUGAAGAAAGAAAUCAAAUAAAAAAAGAAACGACCUACACUUAUGGCACUGAGUGGUCUCAUAUUGUUCAUAAAAGCAGAGAUUUUGCCGAGGAGUUCGGCCAUGAGAACCCAAAGGAAAUGCCGGUCUCAAAUUACCAUCAAACUGCUUCAGAAGUUUCUGUGAAUGGCCUAAAAUUAUCAAAAACAGCUAUUGGGAAGAUAAACUGGUCUACAGACCUUUUAAGCCUCCCAGAGCCUCUCGAAACAAUGGAUAUAGAACUACAUGAGAAGUAUUAUUACCAUGCAAGAGAUCCAUACAGUCCUGAUGUUGGGGAUGCGAGAGUUUUCUUCACAUAUGUCGGCAUAGCCGGGGAAACUAAAGUUGGGCUGAGAGAUGAGGUCACAGUAAUCGCCAAAAACUCGAAUGGAAGACUCGUGACACACUAUAUCAGAAGCACAGGGGUUGAGAUAUUGCACAGAGGCUCAAAAUCACCAAAAGAGGUUAUAGAGUCUGAGAAGAGCUCUAACGCUGCUUUGACCUGGGGAUCAAGAUUCCUUGGAUGGGUGAUGAUGUAUUUGGGUCUCAGCAUCAUGACAAAAAUAAUAAAAACUUUGGUUGGUUGGAUACCAGUUCUUGGAACCAUUAUAUCAGCCAGCGUGACAAUGUUCAACAUCACGUUAUCUCUUUCACUCGCUCUCACGACAAUUGCAAUUGGGUGGCUUCGUGCGAGACCCCUUUUAUCAGGAACUAUAGCUGUAAUGUCCGUAGUGCCAUGGAUUAUUUCAAGAAUGAGAGCACAGUCUAUGGUCGUAUUGAAGAAUAGGUGAUGCGCAUGGAUUGAACUGGUAACAGGACAAGAUGCUGUGUUUCGCUUGAAGCCGUUUUAUCUACUUCCCCCUCAUACUUAAUCAAAAGAGUUAUAUGUACCAAAGUUGUCACAUUCAAGAGUAGUGUCCAACUUUUUCGUCACGACCUACUUGGCACGAUCAAAUUUUUUCGUGCCGCUCCCCCCCUCAGAAAUAUAAAAAAUUCUAAUUUCUAAAAAAAGUCAAAACGUAACUGCCAAGGGGUGCAAAAUUUUUGAUGAUGUAAUCUAUACAAAUAACGAAUCCCACACAGGCCAGCGGGGGGGUUACAUGGGUCGUAACCCCCCCGUUUAAGAACUUUUUUAUCUGAAAUUUCAUUUAUAAAAAAGCAACAGAGUCAUUUACGAUCGUGCAUAAUGGUUUCGCGGUCAAAGCGAUAUUAUUCUGUGCGUUAUCACCGUAGCGCAAUUAACACUGCCAGACUUUUUUCGUCUUCACGUCCCCCGUCGGAAAAAUCCAGGCUGCGCCCCUGCAGGUAACAACAGAAAUUUUUGAAAUAAAUAAAAGUACAGUAAUAGCCUUCUGGUGACAAUUACAAUCUUCAACCACUGAAAAUUUCAAAGCAAUUGAUUCAGUAGUUGAUGAUGAGAGCGGUUAUUCACGCAAAAAGAAACUCUAAAAACAUAAUAAUCAACAACAACAUAAUAACAAAACGAUCCAGAGGUUCGUUUCCUGUUCAACAGGAUGGCGCUCUCGAAGUAUGUGCACCAAGAUACACAUACUAUGUUCAGGUUGUGUGCCAUCUUGGUGCACAUACUGAGGUAGCUCCAACAAGACACCAUGGUGUGCCAUCUUAUCGAAUUUAAGCUCCUUCACAGUAUGAAAACUGAGCGAGCGCUUCCUAUAAACACUGGCUUGUAGCAUACUGGACUGAUAUUUUGUCUUAAAUCUAAUUUCAAUUUUCUAUACCCUGUGUAAGUCGUCUAAUUCCUCAGUUCAAAAAAUCGGUGCUCCCGAAGUAUGCAAACCAAGAUGGCGGACAUCGGAACGUAACAUGGGUAACAGGUUAGGGUUAGGCAAUAAUUUUUUUUCCAAUUUUCCUUAUUUUAGUCCUAUU